AUGGCUACUGCUAAAUUUGAAGUUAGUCAAUUUGAUGGCAAAAUUGAUUUUGAUAUGUGGAGUCAGAAAAUGAAAGCCAUUUUGAUGCAAAUGAAAUGUGCUAAGGCAUUAGAUGAUUCAUGGCCUGAGGGUUUAGCAUCUAAUAAGAAAUUUGAACGUGAGGAAAUUGCUUGGAGUACCAUAUUUCUGUAUUUGUCUGAUAAUAUGAUCAGAGAGAUAGGUGAAACUACUACUGCCUCUAAUCUUUGGGCAAAACUUAAGGCUAAGUAUGAGACUAAAACCACUCCAAAUAAAUGUUUUCUUUUAAAACAAUUCUUCUCCUUUAAAAUAGAUCCUGCAGUUGACUUAGAAGAGAACCUUAUUCUGUUAAACUCCAUAAGUGACAAGUAUAAGGACAUUAAAGCUGCCCUUGAAUAUGGUAGGGAAGAACUCAUUGUUGAUUAUAUAACCAAUGCUUUAAGGAAUAAAGCUCUAGAAAUUAAGGCUGAGUCAAUAUUUUUGCAACGUUCAAUGAAUGUUGCCAUUGAUUAG